UUUUUUUAUUUUAUUUUUUUUCUUUCUUACUCCCUGUUUUUAUACUAUUGUAAUAAUAUUUCCUCCUUUCUUUGUUUGUACCUUUAACCGCAUUAGGUUUUUGGUUGGAAAACAUCCAAAAUCACCACAACAUUACAAGACUGACACCAGUUUAAACAAACAAACUAAUCUCAAUGGAGCUACCAUGGUCCAACUUACUCGCCAUGGCCAAUGCAUUGACAGGAACGCCUUGGUUAUAUUUUGUUCUCUAUCUUCAACUGUCUCUUCACUUGUCAUGUUUCCAAAUAGGUUUACUUAUGGCUUAUCUCUACAUGGUACGUUGGAUGGCCAAUAAUAUUAUUAUCUAUCUUUUCGAUCGUCUUUCUCGUCAUUACAGCAUUUUUUUAACUUUGUUUUGUAUCUUGGUCGGUAUAUCUUCUCUUUUGGUUUUCUUCAUCCUUUCUUCUUACUCAACAUGGAUGACGAAUGUCGACAAAUCUCCUUCUUCUUAUUAUUGGUAUCUCAUUUUGGCUUCUUUGACUCUCUUUGGUUCUUUUUAUCUUUCUUUGGGUGUUUUGGUCGAAAGUGUCAUUUUGAAAAGCUGGGGUGAAUAUCGAAUGUAUUUUUACGGUCAUCAUCGUUCCUGGUCGGAAUGGACAGUCGUAUGCUUGACAGGUAUGGUUGGAUUGAUCUGUUUUCUUUUAUCAACUUUUACUGCUGACAGUGAUGACGAUGAUGAUGAACAACGAGAUACAGUUUCUUAUCUUCUUGCUCCUCUAUUUACUGGUAUGAUUACAUUUGGCGUAUGUGUCAUGUGCCUAAUAGCUCUUUUCAAGAUCCAAUCCAUGCCGUCUGAUCCUACUUCUUUGGGCUUGACUCCUUCGACCCCUUGGUUAUUGAAGAAUGCAGUACUAAAUCCUUCUGAUCUAUUACUAAUGCCAUCCUAUUUUGCUCCUUACAAACCUUACAGUCUUUUUGGUGAACCCUUAUCCCAUAUCUCGGAAGAAGAUGCUAGUAUGGUACAACGUAUGACAAGUCAUCCUUCGCUGAUCCGUGAGUCAAGCCGCACAAGCUCUCAAUCAGCUUAUUCUUAUACAACAACUCCGCUCUCAAUUCACAAUAGCAACAACAAUAAUGGUACCUCAUCAUCCUACGGUGCAACCAUGAUGAAUCCUACUAUCGACCCUCCUAAUUUCUUGUCAUCAUGGCUCAAUUCAACUCUUUGGUCAGGACGCCGACUUAAUAAUACAAAUACAACUUACUCUUAUGAUCCUGUUUCUUCUCCAGUGAAUGAUGAUGAUGUGCACAACAACAAUGACGAUAGAUCAUCCAAUUUACAUCAUCAACAACAACAAUAUACCUUGACACCUUGUUGGGAUACGGUUCCUUCAUAUGAAUUGGCAUUGUUCUCAUUUACGGCACCUGACAUGCCUUCGAUCGCCAUGCUUCCAUUCAUCAUGUCCUGGUUCAACAAUAAAAGCAACACUAACAGCACUAGCAAUAUUACUGGAUCUGUUCGAUAUUCUACAGCAGCUGCAGCAGCCACCGCCAAUAUGGCAAAUAUUUUUACUCCAUCCUUAUCCGGACCUCUUCUGAUCAAUCCACCUCCUAUAGAUAAUUGGAAAUUACUCUCACUUCAAUUGACAAUGUUCCUCUUAGGGUGCGAUUCGGCCAUGCUUCAAAUGUUUUUACUUGUUUAUCUAUAUGUCUGUUUGAAUUUGCCCAUGUUUUUAAUUAGUUUGACUGGAUCCUGUAUUAUUCUAUCUGAAAUCUUGCUUUUGACAACAGUGACAAAGUGGAUUCAUGGUACCAAUUUUACUGGGAUGACUUCGCUUAUUCAUGCCACCUUGAUUAUCUGUUCAUUCUCUUAUUUAUGGCUUCAAUCCGAUAAUGAAAUCACGAUGAUUGCAUCUUUAUUACUUCCUUUCCUAUCAAGUGGUGUUUUUUAUUUGGCUUGGUUAGUGGCUUCAGAUAGAGUCAAUACUUUGGUAUGGUCGGAUCAACAACGUAUCUGUCAAAGAGCUAUCUUGUCUACAUUAUUCUGUUAUGUAGGGCCUAUGGUGGGAGCUUGUCUAACUGGUGCCAUGAUCUCGUCUUCUUCUCAUUUGUCAUCAUUACCUUAUACGUCCGAUAAUCUCUUGAACAAUCCAGUCGCAUUUUCCUCAGUGUACCAUUCAUCCAUUGGACUCUUGGCCAUAAGUUUUGUGGUUUCCUGGGGUUGGUCUGCUGAUGAUUGAAUUCAUUUUUUACUACUCUGAUUCCUUUAUUAUUAUUAUUAUUAUUAUUAUUAUUUCUUUGUAUAUACCUUCUUACUUUUAUCUUUUCCUGUAUCACUCUGUUUAUUUAUUAUAUACAUUUCAUUAUUAUAUAUCCAUAAAUAUGAAAUAAAGAAAAGCAAC